UGCGCGCUCAAUGCUGGAACCAAAGUAUGUGACUCCUGACUCGGUUCAAUCACAAUUAAGACCUAGGAGAAAACGAGGGACUUACCAUCGUCACAGCGAAGAGCCUCCCAUGGAUCGGAUGCAUCACCGCCGGAAUUCGCCUUACUUCUUUCUCGUCCUUCUCUUAUUCUUAAGCAGCCCUUGCUUACGAACGUGCGCUGAGGUGAUAAGCCUCACUGAAGAAACCUUCGCGGACAAGGUGAAGGAAAAGGACACUAUUUGGUUUGUGCAAUUUUGUGUGCCAUGGUGUAAAUACUGUAAGAAUUUAGGAACACUGUGGGAGGACUUGGGCAAGGCAAUGGAAGGUGAAGAUGAGAUAGAGAUAGGGCAAGUUGAUUGCAGUUUGAACAAACCUGUAUGCACCAAAGUUGACAUCCACUCAUACCCUACAUUCAAGAUAUUUUAUGACGGUGAAGAGAUUGCAAAAUACAAAGGUCCUAGAGAAGUGGAAUCUCUGAGACAAUUUGUGCUUGAUGAGGCUGAAAAGGCUGCAAGAGUAAAGCUAGAAGCCGAGUGAGAGUUUUGGUGAUUGGCAAUGAAAGUGAUAGGAGCAGCUCUUUGCUUGUGGAUUUGUGACCUCAAACAACUAUUUGUUCCAUAUAAGAGAGCUUUAUUUACUAAAUGUUUUGAUUCUCCAUGUUUGUUUGUGAACAAUUGCAAUUAUGUUAACUUUAAUGUAAUCAUGAUGAUUUUGUGUUCGUUAUGGGCUAGAUUUUAGCAAUGGUAUUGAUUUCACAAUUA